UUAUUUAUUGAACGCGAGAGUAAAGAUUCGACUAAUUUUUUUGUUUUCCUCUUUCUUACUAAUAUUUUUCUCUGUUUGUAAUAAAAAUGGUAAUCGAGCCUGCCAACGAGAGUGUUUCUUAAUUGAGAUAAUUUGUUUUUUUUUUUUAAUUAUUCAGUUCUCACGAGCUUUGUCGAGAUUGGAUCCAUACAAAAUCUACACGACGCUGCUGCUUCACUCUCUCCCACUGUCGAGUUUCGAGUCGUAGAUAGAGAGAUAGAGAAAGAGAGAGAGAGAAAGAGAGAGAGAGAAAGAGAGCUCUCGAGGAAGAGAAGUAGAAGAAGAAGAAGACAAUCUGAUUUUGUUUUUUUUUCGUAAUUCAUCUGUUUUUUUUUUGUGAGGGAAAACUCCAGAUUUAAUUGUUUGUAAAUACAGUGCGUAUCUUCUUCUCCAAGAACGCUACUGCAAAGGGAUCAACAAAAAGGGAUCUUUAGAUUUAUAGCAAAAAUGUCAAUGCCACUGCAACGUGGCAUCUCAGGAGUACGAGUCUCUGAUAGCAGUGAUGAUUUGCGAGACUCUCAAAUGAAGGACAAAACAGAAAAAGAAGAUUUGGCUCGAGGUCGUUCCACAGAUAGCUUAACCUUGAGGUUUCCUUUUGCUUUCCUCUUCAGUAACCAAUCUUCUUCGAAACAUGGCGAAAACGGCUUCCCUGCUGAUCCUUAUAGCGCAAGGAGUAGGCACAGAUUGAUGCUGCUGUUUCUUAAGAUCAGUUUGGUUCUUAUUGUGGUUAUUGCUCUAGCUGGAUCCUUCUGGUGGACGGUUUCCAUUUCGACUUCAUCGAGAGGUCAUGUAUAUCACAACUAUAGGAGAUUACAGGAGCAGCUUGUUUCUGACUUACUGGAUAUUGGGGAGAUUUCUAUUGGUCCUAGUAGGUGGAAAGAGUUGGAGUAUUGUACUUUAGAAUCUGAGAAUUAUGUUCCUUGCUUUAAUGUUUCUGAGAAUCUUGCACUUGGUUACUCCAACGGUGAUGAGAACGAUCGGUUUUGCGUGCCUGGAGCAAGACAGGAUUGUUUAGUGUUACCACCGGUGAAAUAUCGGGUUCCUCUUAGGUGGCCGACUGGUAAAGAUGUCAUCUGGUAUCAUAACGUUAAGAUUACUGCUCAAGAAGUUUUGACUUCUGGUAGUAUUACCAAGAGGAUGAUGAUGAUGGAAGACGAUCAGAUAUCUUUCCGUUCUGCAUCUCUUAUGUCUGAUGAGGUUGAAGACUAUUCCCAUCAGAUUGCUCAAAUGAUCGGGAUUAAGAAUGAUAACUUUAUAGAGGCUGGUGUGAGAACUAUCUUGGAUAUUGGAUGUGGUUAUGGUAGCUUUGGGGCGCAUCUACUCUCCAAACAGCUCUUAACCAUGUGCAUAGCAAACUAUGAAGCAUCGGGUAGCCAAGUCCAGCUAACACUUGAGAGGGGUCUCCCUGCGAUGAUUGGUUCUUUUAUAUCAAAGCAAUUGCCAUAUCCUUCUCUUUCCUUUGAUAUGUUGCACUGCUCAAGAUGUGGCAUUGACUGGGACCAGAAAGACGGGCUACUCCUUGUAGAAAUCGACAGGGUUCUGAAGCCCGGAGGUUACUUUGUUUGGACGUCUCCGCUCACAAACGCUCGUAACAAAGAGGAUCUAAAAAGAUGGAACUUUGUUCAUGAUUUUGCUGAAAGCAUCUGUUGGACUCUUUUAUCUCAGCAAGACAAGACAGUUGUCUGGAAAAAGACAAUCAAAACCAAAUGUUACAGUGCCAGGAAACCUGGGGUGGGCCCUUCUGUGUGUAGCAAAGGGCACGAUGUUGAGACUCCUUAUUACAGGCCUCUUCAGAUGUGUAUUGGUGGAACACGUAGCCGGAGGUGGAUUCCCAUUGAAGGCAGGACAAGAUGGCCUAGCCGGUCUAACAUGAACAAGACCGAACUUUCACUAUACGGUAUUCACCCCGAGGAGCUUGGAGAAGAUGCUGAGAACUGGAAAAGAACAGUAAGAGAAUAUUGGUCUCUCUUGUCUCCUCUGAUAUUCUCGGAUCAUCCCAAGAGACCCGGUGAUGAAGAUCCGUCGCCUCCUUAUAACAUGCUUAGGAACGUUUUGGAUAUGAAUGCUCAGUUCGGUGGUCUGAAUUCAGCGUUGUUGGAAGCAAGGAAAUCGGUCUGGGUCAUGAAUGUUGUCCCUACAGCUGGACCAAACCACCUCCCCAUGAUCCUUGACCGUGGCUUUGUCGGCGUUUUGCACGACUGGUGUGAAGCAUUCCCGACUUACCCAAGAACAUAUGAUCUGGUACACGCAGACAAUCUUUUGACGCUUCAGACAAGUCAGCGCCGAAGCUCAUGCUCGCUUAUAGAGAUAUUCACAGAGAUUGACCGAUUACUGCGUCCAGAGGGAUGGGUGAUAAUCCGUGACACGGCACAGCUGGUGGAAGCGGCUAGAGCUUUGACAACGCAGUUGAAGUGGGAGGCUCGAGUCAUAGAGAUUGAAAGCAGCAGUGAACAGAGACUCCUCAUCUGCCAAAAACCUUUCACUAAGCGACAAUCAAUCUGAACAAGAAGAAGAAGAAGAAGAAGAAGAAGAAGAAGAAGAAGAACAUAGACACAGGUUUUCUCCACCUUUUUUUUAUAUUUUAUUUUUGUUCCAAGUCUCACAGUUUGGAAUCAGUCAUGGAACUGUGCUGGCUAUACGGGGAAGAAGAAGAAAGGAGAAAGAAGAUGAAAAAUAUCCCGCCGGGGACGUAAGUCCGCCGGUGAAAUUUCUUUAUCUGGUUUCGUGAGUUCCCAUUUUACAGAAUCUUAGAUUUAUUUUUUCCUUUGGGGUUACUAUUUUUACUACUUUUUUAAUUAUUAUAUACAGUGAAAAAAUAUAUGAUCAACAUUUGUGAAGAUGUUUAUGAAAUAAGUUAUAGCUGUUUACA